AUGGUAGGGCAAGGCUAUGACGGGUGCAGUACGAUGGCCGGUAAAAUUGGCGGAGUACAUAAGAUAAUUGCUGAGAAAUAUCCCAAGGCUCGCUUCUAUCAUUGUGCUAGCCAUGGACUUAAUUUAGUUGUGAAUGAUUUGAACACCUUAUCAGAGGUUAGAAAUGCCAUUGGUACCACCAAAGGAGGAAUUUCUUUUUUCCGGGGGAGCACGCAAAGGAAAGUCCUAGUUGGGAACCUUCAAAAACUGUGUGAGACACACUGGUCUGAGAAGCAUAAGUCUAUAAGGAAAUUUAAUGAUAAGUUUUUAGAAAUUGUUGAAGAAUUAGCAAUUUUACAUAAAGAAGGAGAUUGUGAAACUAGGCAGAAAGCCUGGCAACUUUACUGCACACUUACUACUCCAACAUUUAUUGAUACAUUAAAAGUCAUAGCAAAAUAUUCAGCCAAACUAGAACCUGUCACCAAUAUCCUACAGUCAGUAAACAUUAACUUGUUAGAAGCUUCAGAACACAUUCAAGGAAUUGUAAAAAUAUUAUUGGAUGACAGAGAAAAUGCGGAAGCCAAAUUUGAAAUGAUAAUGAAAAGUGCUGAAAGCAACUAUAGUGCACUUGGAAUAGAUGUCACUGGUAUUCGACAACCGCGAGUUGUUGCACAACAAAUACAUCGUUCAAAUCAUCCAUCAGUUUCUGUCACUGAGUACUACAGAAAAUCUCUCUUUAUUCCAUAUUUGGAUUCCCUAGUCCAGUCCUUGCAAGAACGGUUUUCAGAAGAAAACAAGGAAUCUUUUGAGAUUUUCUGCUUGCACCCAAAGGUAAUGAAAUCCCAAAGUGACCUAGGUAUGAAAAAGAUAAUUGAAAAUAUCAAAAGAUUUUAUGGCAAUCUUUUAGAUAACUUCGCUGAAGAAGCACGGACAUGUGGAAACGCGAUAAAGUAA